AUGUCCAUGCGACUCGCCGACAAGGACACCGUGCAGCUCCGCUUCCCCGUCGGGACGCGCGUGGAGUGCAACUGCGGUGUGUGGAAGGCCGGCACGAUCGUGCGCCACUUCUACACGCAGCGAGACUUUGACGAUGGCAAGUGCGUGCCGUACCAGGUCCGGCUCGACGAUGGCAAGCUCAUCUUCGCGCCUAACGACGAGGACUCUGUGGUUCGGCUGCUCGAACAACAGCCCGAUGGUGGUGGCAGCCGUCGCAGGGCGAAGAAGGCGCCGGUGCUGCCGCAGGGCGCGAACGAGCCGUCCCGCUUCAAGGUCGGCGACAAGGUCGAGGUCAAGAUCAGCCGCAACUCAGAGCCGGGCUCUCCGCGUGGCGUCGAAAUGAUCAGCGCGCACAGCAUCGCUGGCGGGCGCUGGGUUCCGGCCAAGGUCGCCGCCCUCCGGUACGCCCAGGACGACUGGUGUCCCGGCUUCUACUGCGCGUAUGCCGUCCACGUGCACGGGGACAUGACGCCCGACGGCAUUCAGUACGCGACGCCCGUGCGCGAGGACGACGAGCGCUGCAUCCGCGCCGCGCCAGUCGCGCCUCCGCCGCCUCCGCCGCGCUUUGAAGUCGGGCGGCGGGUGGAGUGCAAUGGCGGGCAGCUCGGGUGGCGGGCGGGGGUCGUGUGCGAGGUCUGGCCCGAGGCGCCCUCGGGGGACCUCGGCAUCCGCGCGGUGCACGUGGUCGAGUGGGGCGCCGGGCACGUGGCGUGGGACGACGCAAAGGGCGUCGAGGCCGCGUACGACCUCCUCACGGCCGGCGCGCUGCGGGACAAGAGGGCGCUGCCGAGGGUGGGGCUGUGCGGCGACGCGGCCGCCGUCGACGCGCUGGGCGACGCGGUGGCGGCGUGCCCCUCCGAGGCGCGGCGCGUCGCGCUGAUGCUCGAGCAGGUGCUCGCCACCGCCGAGGAGGCGACGCCGCGCCACCCUCUCGUCGGGAGGCGUGUGCGCGUGCACGGGCUGUCCGGCAGCGCCGAGCUCAACGGGCAGCGCGGCACGGCGGUCCGCUACGCGCCCGAGCGCGAGCGGUACGAGGUUCGCCUCGACGACGGGCAAGACGGCAAGAGUGGGACGGUCGGAGUGCGCGACGUCAACCUCUCGCCCGAGGAGGAUCCCAUGGUGACUUGCCCGAUCUGCAUGGACGUGCGGCUCACCGACCCGCUCGGCCCGGCGCGCAAGGGCCCGGGCGAGGGCAGCGCGACGGUCACUCUCUGCUGCGGCAAGGUCGUGUGCAAGGAAUGCCACGACAAGUAUAUGCUCGGCGGCAUGGACCGCGAGGCGCAGACCUUCCCGCCGUGCCCCUUCUGCCGCGAGCCCACCGGGUACAUGGACGAGCACGCCGACAAGCGGCUCGAGCGCGAUCUGCUCAAGCGGCGCGCCACGCACGGCGACCCUCUCGCCAUGUACAACCUCAGCGGCUCCUUCGACAAGGGCCACCACGGGCUGCCCGUCGACUACCAGGCCUCCGCUCCACCUAAACGCCACCCGCGAGCCCUUAAACGCACCCGCGAGCCCUUAAACGCCACCCGCGAGCGCUGCAUGCGGCGCACCUGGCCCCAGCCUCUCGCGCGUUCGCCGCAGGCCUCCCUCGCGUGGGCGGCACUCGCGGCGAUGGUCGGAGGCCACGUGCGCGCGAUGAACAACGUGGGCUUCGCGCUCAAGGAGGGCGAGGGCAUCCCCGCCGACGCGCGCCGCGCCGCGCGCUGGUUCGCGCGCGGCGCGGUGCUCGGCCACAUCUCGUGCGUCUGGGCGCUCGGCAAGGCGUAUGCGGACGGGGCUGGCGUCGCGCGCGACUUCGCCGCGGCACGGCGGUGGCUCAAGCGCGGCAAGCUGAUGGGCGACUCGCCGUGCGCCGUCGACCUCAGCCGGCUGCCGGCGCCGCACGGCGAGGAGCUGGGCGGCGGCGGCGGCGCGUCGUCGCCCGGAAGCUUUCACAUGCCGCCGCUGAGCACGAUGCCGCCGGAGCUCGUGCAGAUGAUGAUGGGCAGUCCGGGCAUGCGCUGGCCAUGA